AUGGGUGAUUUCAAUGUUGUUCUUGAGAUUGAGGGUAGACUUGUGGGAUCUCCUGUACAAGCAAUUGAAAUGGUGGAUUUCUCUAAUUUUGUCCAGAUUGCUAGUAUGGUGGACCUGAAGGUUGUUGGCAGGGAAUAUACAUGGACUUAUAAUCAUGUAUUUAGCAGAAUUGAUAGGGGAUUAGUAAAUGCUAGCUGGUUUCAGAUGUGGGGUGCUUUGGAGAUCAAAGUAAUGGCACCUGAUUUUUCUGACCACUCCCCUUUGAGUUUGACUCUGGAGGAGAGACAACCCAUGAUAGCUAAGCCCUUAAAGUUCUUCAAUUGUUUAGCUGCACAUCCAGACUUCAGAACUACUGUUGAAAGGAACUGGCAACAAAUAUGCAAUGGUCAACUUAUGGAGAAGGUGCGGAAGAUAAUCCAUAGGAUGAAACAUGUUCUCAAAAAGCUAAGUACUAGAGAUUUUAAGGGGGUGGAUGAAAUGAUAGCAUUAACUAAGAAGAAACUUCAGGAUAUUCGAGCCCAAAUGCUAGCCCUUAGUGACCAUCAGAUGUAUUUUGAGGAGCAACAAAGUGUGAAAGUAGAACUUGAGAAAUGGUACCAGAUUCAGGAGAGUGCACUGAAAUAA